CCUUGACCCAAUUCGUUUCAUUACAAAUCUCCAUAAACAAAUUCCUUGAAACAAUGCACACCAGUGAUAUUUUGAAGCAUUGUCAGAAAUGUGUCAAAAUUAUCAAACGUAAAAUGUGUGAGUGUUCGGAAUUACCAUUUUUUCCGAAACACGAAACAAUCAAUCUACAAAGCCAUCCCGAAAUACGGGUCACUUAUUUUGAACCAAAAUUUUCUCAAAGUCAUUACAAUUACCAAAAUGUGUCGAUUUCAAGCAACGCUUGUACUUUAAUUGCCAUUUUGAUGGCGUCUUACUGCAGACAUGAAAGAAUUAUCAUUACUAAACCCGAUGAUCCAAUAAACCCGCGAUUGAUUCAUUUACUUGCAUACAGCAUUUUGGACGGGAAUAAAAUCCACGAGGAGUUGAAAGCGAAAGGCACUUUGGAUAAUUUCAAUUUAACGGUGCCUGAAGCCAUGAAAUUCGCCGGCUACAGGGCCGAGGGGCUCACUGAAUGGAAAAGUAUGAUUUAUAUGGAGUCGCUGUUCCAAUCGCUUUAUGGCAAUAUAAAGAGCAAUUUAUCGGAAUGGUCCAAAAGCAAUAAAAGUAAAAGUAAUCCAGAUUUGUACAUUAUUUUGAUAGCUGAUAACAGGAGUGUGCUCUUUAUUUUGCAAAAGGAAACGGUCACGCUAGUGGACUCCCACCAACACUCCGACUCCAAGGGGGCCCUCAUCGCAGUGGGGCUACGAGAAAAAUUCAACAUAUUGUGUCUAUGGUUUGCUCAUAUUGUCAAUAAAUGUUACAAAUGUGAUCCCGGCUUGUACGAAUUAUCGUUUCUAUAUUUCCAAAGCAAAGCAAAACAACGAUAAAAAUUGUACACAAAAUAUUGGCAAUUAUAAAAAUAAAUCUGAAGUUUUUUGCUUA